GACUAAACUUAUAUUUUACAAGAUUAUUAAAAUCUUGCUAAAAUGUUAAAUCCAUAAACUGUAAAUAACCUAAAACGCUAACGGUUUUAAGCUUACAGCGACAUAAUAAUCACUGCAAAAACGCAUUGUCCUUAUUGAGCCCUGUAAUGUGGCGCCCUCUUGUGGCAACUGGCAAGUUUGACGAAAAUAAAACAGCAGAAACCUGAGGUAAAGCAUCUUUUCUUGUCUUGAUCCACAUUUAUUUAUACAUAUAGACUCCUAGGUAGAAUUUAGCCAUGUUAUUAUUUAGUAGCAGUGAUAUUAGAAGCACAAGGAGAGUAAAAGAGCAUAGUAAAUUCUAUGGUAAAAGUAUGUGCGCUGCCGUGACGUCACUUUCGCCGCUGCUAGGAUACAGUAAACUCCUGCUGUCCCGUGAACCAGUAAAACCAACAAAACCUGCUUUAAAAAAGACACAAAUUCAGCUAAAAUGGAGAUAGUGUAUGUGUACACCAAAAAGCGCAGCGAGUUUGGCCGACAGUGUAACUUUUCAGACCGUCCGGCUGAGCUGCAUGUGGACAUUCUACCGGACUCUUCCCUCGCUGCAAACUUCACAGUGAGAGAUCCAUGUAAUGUGACCAUACAGUGUGCAGAUGAAAUGUCAGAGCAUGAGGUGAACACAGAGCGCUUUGAAUCUGAGUCUCGAGGAAUAAACCAUGUGGAAGGAGGAUGGCCGAAAGAUCUCAAUCCAGAUGACAUGGAGGCCACCAUCCGCUACAGGAAGAAAGUGGAGAAGGAUGAACACUAUCAGAACACCAUUAUGCAGAUUGCUGGUCUCAUGGAACACUGCAUUAGGCAAAACAACGCCACUGACAUCUAUGAGGACUUUCUGGAGGAUGAGGAUGAAGAAGAUGUGGAGGAGUCAGAGGAACAGCCAUCAGCAAAGACAAUCAAUGUCUUCAGAGACCCAAAUGAAGUGAAGCGGACAGCCACAAGUCUGUCCUGGCACCCUGAUGGCAACCAUAAAUUGGCAGUGGCCUACUCUUCCCUGGAGUUCCAGAGAGCACCCAAUGACAUGAACUUCGACUCCUACAUAUGGGACAUUGAAAAUCCCAAUAAACCUGAGAUGACUCUGAAACCUGUAUGUCCACUUGUUUGUCUGGAGUACAACCCGAAAGAUUCACACAUUCUCAUUGGCGGCAGCUACAAUGGACAAAUCGCAUACUGGGACACUCGUAAAGGCAGCCAGCCGGUGGAGAUGUCACCCAUUGAAUUCAGCCAUAGAGAUCCUGUCUACAAAGCCAUCUGGUUACAGUCAAAGACAGGCACGGACAUCUUUUCUGCCUCUACAGAUGGCCAGGUCCUAUGGUGGGACAUUCGCAAGAUGAGUGAGCCCACCGAGAGACUCGUGAUGGACCCCACUAAGAAGGGCAACAUUGAUAAUUCACUUGGUGCAAUCUCACUGGAGUUUGAGACUACUAUGCCCACUAAGUUCAUGGUGGGCACAGAGCAGGGUCUUGUGGUUUCGUGCAAUCGGAAAGCCAAAACACCAGCUGAGAAGAUUGUAUGUACAUACAGCGGACAUCAUGGACCCGUUUAUGCCCUGCAGAGGAACCCUUUUUUUCCUAAGAACUUCCUGACUGUGGGUGACUGGACAGCACGCAUCUGGUCAGAGGACAUCAAAGAGUCCUCCAUCAUGUGGACUAAAUAUCACAUUGCCCAUCUGUUAGAUGGCUGUUGGAGUCCAGUCAGACCCUCAGUUUUCUUUACAGUAAAGAUGGACGGCACCUUGGAUGUGUGGGACAUCUUGUUUAAACAGAACGACCCCACUCUUUGCCUCAAAGUUUGUGAUGAAGCUCUGUACAGCAUCAAGGUUCAAGAUAACGGCCGUUUCCUGGCUUGUGGCUCUCAGCUGGGAACCACCACACUUUUGGAGAUUUCAUCAGGCCUGUGUUCAUUGCAGAAGAACGAGAAAGCCCUGGUGUCAGAGAUGUUUGAACGGGAGACGAAGCGGGAGAAAAUUCUAGAGGCUCGCCACAGAGAGAUGCGUCUGAAGGAACGCAGCCGCUCAGAACAGAGCAGAGAGGACGAAAUGAAGGAGACGGAUGGCGAGGAGAGCGUUGAGGAGCUGGUGGCCCGUGCAGAGAAAGAGUUCUUUCACAUCAUAGAAAAUGAGAGGAUGAAAGAGAGGAAUGAGGAGAAGGACAAAGAUCAGGAGAAAGGAGUGUGUGAGGAGAAAGAUUUCCAGGAGGAGCACGAAACCAAUGGCGUUUCUUCAUUUGUAAGGACAGAAAUCUCUCUGUAGAUUGAGCUGCUCUCAAAGUCUGAUCAUGUAGCUUUCACAAACUAUUUUUUACUUCCAUUAUGUGAUGUAUUUCUGAAUGAAACAACAAACAAUCAAAUUAUCACAGCACAGGAUUUAUCAUGAGCAUGUACAGUACGUUCCACUACAUGUACUGUAAGUUGCACAUUAAGGCCGGGAAAAGUAUUUAGAAAAAUUAAGUAUAGUAAGUACACAUUUAGUCAGAAUUGAGCAAUAGAUAUAAGGCAUUUUUAAAUAUUUCCCAAUUGCUCUCUAAUGGAGAGAUGAUUUUUUCAACACUUGCUCAUUCAUCAGGGGUCGCCACAGUGAAAUGAACCGCCAAUUACACUGGCAUACAUUUUAUGUGGAGGAUGCCCGUCCAGCUGCAACCCAACACUAUACACUGUCUCAUUAACUCAUACACUACGGACAUUCAUUCAUUCAUUCAUUUAUUUAUUCAUUCAUUCAUUUUCUUG